UUAACUUAUAACUAGUAGUAGUUAUUGCUCCCGCAUCCGGUGCUGCUUGUUAACUAAAUACCAUACCACUAGUUAACUUAUUAUACUCCGGGCUGUCAGCCACAUUAUUGCCAUGUCAACUCGCUGCUGCUAGUUAAUCCUUGGGUUUACAAUUGAAUUUUGGCCUUUGAAUUCUUACCGUGAAGUUAGUUAAAUACCAUACCCCUCCCUCCCUCCGGCACCAAAUCCCCCUCGGCGGCUGAGUUGCUUCCAUGACCCCUCUUCGACGCUUGUCCUCCAAAGGUUCAAGCAACACCAUUGUCCGCUUCUCUUCUACCAGCCGUCUUCUUCAACUUCGACAUCAAUUCCCCAUUUCACAGAAAUACAGUAGAUUUGCAUCUUCUACCAGUUCUGCUGCGGUUGCGACGCGAUUGAAACCGACAACAGAAGUAUACAACGAGACCCCCCCAUCAAUCAUGGACGUGACGGCUAAGCAGCAGUAUCUCGCCGACUCCCCGCCCACCGUGGUCAGGCUAGAGAUCAAACCUCAUUUCGAGGCGCUAGACGACAAGCAGAAACGAUAUGCUCAUUUCAUCAGUAGAGCUGCCUUCCAAGGAACUCGGAUCACGCUACGCCAAGUCUCCCCGGAGUCCGAACCCAUCUACGAUCUGAUCAUCUCCCUCUACCGUGCUUGCAAUGGCGAUUGGAACUCCCUGGCCCAGAAGACCGGUGUGAGCGCAGAAAAUCUACGCUUCUUCCUGGAAUACGCGACCCAGUUCUUAGGCAAUUGCGGAUCGUACAAGGGAUUCGGAGAUUCCAAAUUUAUUCCUAGAAUACCUGCUGACGCCCUGGAAGCGCUCGCCUCCGUUACUCCAGAAACAAAAGCAGCAUGGGAGAAAGCGACAAAGUCUGGUGGAGGGAUAUAUGAGACCGCCACUACCGAUCUGAUGCAUCUCGGUUAUCCAGAAAACGGACACAUGUCGACCUAUUACCCCGACUCCCCAAACAUCACGACCGAAGAGAUCUCUCUGAUAGCUUCCUUUUUGGAAGAUAAAAAGUUAUUACCGGAGAACACAAGGUUGCGCAAAACCCAGUCUGGAGACUUCGAGUUGCUGAUUGCAUCUGCAGAAAAGUCACCGGCAGGCAGCGAUCGAGAUGUUGGUGAUGUUCAUAAGUGGGAACUCGAAGGCAAAUUGCAAGGCAAAACUCUUCACCUUGUCUUUGGUGACCAUUCUGAGGAGAUGGCGAAAAUUGCAGAGAGUGUCAAGCAGGCUGGGUUGAAUGCUGCAAAUGACAUACAGAAGAGAAUGCAUCAGCAAUACGUGAAGUCCUUCACUACCGGAUCCCUGGAAGCAUUCAAGGAAAGUCAGAGGGAAUGGAUUAAGGAUGUGGGACCAGUGGUCGAGUCAGAUCUUGGAUUUGUGGAAACAUAUAGAGACCCUCAUGGUGUCCGUGGAGAAUGGGAGGGUUUUGCUGCGAUGGUCAAUCAAGAGCGGACUAAGGCGUUCGGGAAACUUGUUGAGAAUGCGGAGUCCAUGAUCCCAAAACUUCCUUGGGGCAAAGACUUCGAAAAGGAUAAAUUCUUGUCGCCUGAUUUUACUUCAUUAGAAGUUCUCUCCUUCGCGGGUAGCGGAAUACCUGCUGGCAUCAACAUCCCGAACUACGAUGAUAUCAGACAAAACCUUGGGUACAAGAAUGUGUCCCUAGGCAACGUUUUAAGUGCCAAAGCGCCCAAUGAGCCGGUACCCUUUAUAAGGGAGCAGGAUCUUCAGUUAUUCCGAGACUACCGGGAUCCCGCGUUUGAGGUCCAGGUCGGAAUUCAUGAAUUACUGGGCCAUGGAACCGGCAAAUUACUUCAAGAGACAGCUCCUGGCGAGUAUAACUUCGAUAUCUCCAACCCACCAAUCAGCCCUAUAACACAAAAACCCAUAACGACCUGGUACAAACCAGGACAAACCUGGAGCUCAGUCUUUGGGGCUAUCGCCUCAUCGUACGAAGAAUGCCGCGCCGAAUGUGUGGCUAUGGUUCUUGGCUGUGACUUCAAAAUAUUAGAGCUGUUUGGCUUUGGCAACGGAGAGGAAGAUAUAAACGGUGAGGCUGGGAAUGUUCUAUAUGCCAGCUACCUACAGAUGGCCAGAGCUGGUGUAGUGGCGCUUGAAUUCUGGGACCCCAAGAGCUCGAAGUGGGGACAAGCUCACAUGCAGGCACGAUACAGCAUUUUGCGCACCUUCCUCGAUGCUGGUGGUGAUUUUGUGAAAUUGGUGCAUACCAAGGAUGACCUUUCCGAUCUUGAGAUUCACCUUGACAGGUCCAAGAUCUUGAGCCAUGGUCGACCAGCAGUAGCGAAGUAUCUACAAAAACUCCACAUUUACAAAUCAACGGCAGAUGUCGAAGCCGGAAAAGCGCUGUACGACGAGAUUACGAAUGUUGAUGAGUGGUGGGGAUCACAAGUGCGACCGGUUGUUCUGCAGAAGAAGAUCCCGCGCAAAGUGUUUGUGCAAGCCAAUACUGUCCUAGAGGGCGAUAAGGUGGUGUUGAAGGAGUAUGAACCAACCUUGGAGGGUAUGAUUCAAAGCUAUGCUGAGCGAGAAGUAUGAAGCCAAGGAUGGAAUUGAUGAACGCAUCCGUCGACUUGCUCCCUUCUGCAAUGGGCCCUUAUUGUUAUUCUCAUUAUCGUUGUCUAGUUUCACAUAUUCAUGCAACUCUACGACCCCCACGAUAACGUGGCAGCUAUAACCGAAAUGCAGAAGGCGAAACAACAUCAGUAUUGACAGCAAAAGAAGGGGAUAGAAUAGAACGAACAGAAUAUCGUACAGCUAGUGGCAUCACAUUAUUAGUCCCAGGCCCAAAAAGAAUAAAAGUAAAAUACUCAAUUUUGCGAACAGAAAUAUCACAGCCACCUAAGCGAUCAUUGAACGAGGAUAAAGCCUGCUAUUAAUCCUGUUUAUUGUCCGGGCCAAGCAAGGUUUCUUGUAAGUAGUUGGCCAGCGCUCAAUACCAAGAGGGAUCAAUAAACAAACAACUUUCCCCCCCUCUGCUUGCUAGCCCAGCCCUGCC